AUGAACGUGACAGCUUUUGAAGACGCGUACUUGAAUCGUAUUAACACUAUCACUCAAUCGGAGGAAAUUAAUUUACACGUAGCAAAUGCCUUGAGAUUUGUCAUACAGAAUGUUUUUGCUAAAAUCAGCAAAACAUUUGUACUUACCGUAACGACCUCUGGUGGCCCAGUGGAAUUUUGGCUACACGACACAAUGAAUAAACUAUUCGCCACUUGGGGUUUAAUGGCGGUGCAAUUAGUAGUUUUGGAUUACACAAUCGUCCAAUUGGAUGUGGCGGGAAGACGUUAUUGUAAUAUGAUUAUGACGGACUCAUUUGAUAGUUUAAGAAAAGCUAAUAUUUCGGAGUACAAUCGAUAUUCGGAUAAUUUGGAAUAUUAUUACAUAUUCCUACAAACACGAGAUUUACUUUUUGAAAAAGAAAUGGAAAAGAUUUUCAAGUAUUGUUUCGACAACUAUUGGAUACAUUGCAAUGUAAUGGUGCAGGAUUCUAAAGGUGAGGUCUUGGUUUACACCUAUUUUCCUUUUAAGGAAAAUAACUGCUUUCACACUACACCGGAAUUGAUAAAUCGAUUUAUUGGCAAUGAAUUUGAAAGGGAUGAAAUGUUCCCAGAUAAACUAAAGAAUUUGCAUGGUUGUUCUUUAAAACUAAGCACCUGGGAAAUACCGCCAUUUGUUAAAAAUACCACCAAUAGAAGAUUUCCUGAUAUCCAUGUAUCGGGUUUUGAAAUAUCUAUACUCAUAACAAUUAGUGAGAAAAUGAACUUUACUAUCAAUGUUGAGUGGAUCGAUAUUGAAACGUAUAAAAUGCAGGAAUCGCCUGAAAGUAAACCAUUGUCAAUGUUGCAAAAUUAUGAGACCAAUUUUACCAUGGGCUAUUUUCGUCAUACAGCUGAUAGAGAUAAAGUUGCCACGCCUUCUUUUGUCACCUAUUAUAUACCACUGGCGGGUAUAGUUCUACGUAAGCAAGCUAAUCAUGAAUCUUUGGGUAUACUGACAUUCCCAUUUGAUAAAACUACUUGGAUUUUAAUUCUUAUUGUUUACACUAUAAUUGGAAUAUUUAAUAUUCUCCAAGAUAAACAUAAAACUUCUGGUAUCUUCGAAAUAUUAGAAGUUAUUCUCGGUAUGCCUCUAGGCCAUGUAUCGCCCUGGACUUCGACUAGGAUACGUUUCAUGACAACAAUAAUAUCUUCGUUCAUUUUGCGUUCAAUCUAUCAGUCAUUACUUUUCUUUAUGUUUCGUACUAAUUUCUAUCAAUCAGCUCCUAUGACUUUGGAAGGUCUUGUCGAAGAUGGUUAUAAAGCUGUUUCCACCGAAUUGACUGUACGUUUUCUACUCUAUGUUCCACAAAUUGAAGAUAAAACUUUACCCUUAAUAGUGAUAAAUAACACGAGUGAAAUGUAUCCCUUACAUUAUCUAGAGUUGUAUAGUAAUGAAAGUUUAGUAGCCAUGUCAAUAAUCGAAUUUGCCAUACGUUAUGUUCACGAGGAAUUGGCUCCCGGUGGUGCCCUUACAGUUUUAGACAUGAAUGUCAAAGAUCAACAAAUUUGUUUUUAUUUACCCAAACACUCAUAUUUAAGUGAUAUAUUCGAUCUUUAUAUUGUUCGUUUACAUCAGGCGGGUUUGUUGGAAAAAUGGCGCGAUUGGGCUAAUUUUGAAUAUCCAGUGUCUCAAGGAGAUUCCUCUACAGCCUAUGAAAAUACCUUAAUGACACCUAAUUACUAG